AUGCGGCGUGGCGGCGGCCGCCGGUUCCCCAAGCCCUCCUUGGCGCCCUCCACCGCGGCCGAGGCCACCCCAGCGCUGGACGCCAGCGUUAUCAGCAACCUCGACUCCGCCUUCUCCCGCCGCGACUCCGACGCCGCCAGCCUCUGCAGCAGCCGCCCCGCUUCCACCGUCGGUGCGGGCGUCGGCGCCGCCCCCAACUUCUCCGACCGCCCCACGCAGGUCGCCGCGCUCCGCGUCGUCAACGGAUUCCUCGCCCCCGCCGUCACGCUCCGCGGGCCUCUGCCCGCCGCGCGCAACAUCCAGGCGGCGCUCCGCCUCCUCGUCGACCGUCUCCACUUGCCCCGCAACGACGCCACGUUCGAGGAUGACCUCAUCCAGGACCUUCGCCUUCUCGGGUGCCCCUACAAGGUCACCCGCUCCGCACUCAAGGCCCCCGGCACCCCGCACUCGUGGCCGGUGGUGCUCUCCGUACUCCACUGGCUCACCACCCUCUGCUACGCCCAAGGAGACGACCUGGAUGCCCCGGGCGACCCAUCCAACGAUCUCUUGCUCUACACCACCCAGGGCUACUCCCACUUCUUGUUGGGGGACGACGACGCCGUCGUGGCCCUCGACGAGGAGUACUCCUCCAAAGCCCGGAUGACUGGUGAGGCGUCCGUUGCAACAGUUGGUGCCCUGGAGAAGGAGGCCGAGGAACUGGAGACCGAGGUGAAUAAGCUCAUCUCGGGUCCCUCGCGGCGGGGAGCACUGGAGUCAGAGAAGGAAGCCUUCAUUGCUGAUAUUCUCAAGUUUGAGGCAGUGGUGGAUGCUUGGAAAACAAAGAUCAACGAAAGGGAACAUGUGUUGGGGAAUUUGGAGAAAGAGUUGGAGGCAAAAGUGUUGGACACCCAGCGCGCUGCUGCUGAAGUUCAGGAUCUAUUGAAACAAGUGGAUGCUCAGCCGGUGAAUGUGAGGGAUAUGGAUAGAAUGCGUAGGGAGAUGCAGGCGAUUGAAGAUGAUAUUGCCAACGCUGAGAAGGGGAAAGCAGCACUGGAGGAUAAGGUCUGGGAAGUUGAAGCUAAGCUGGUUACCAAGCUUGAGGAGCUUGAGACGCUUGCUGAGCAGUGCAACCAGGCCCUCAAAAAGUUGAAACCUACUGUUCCUUUUCAGUACAUGAUAAAUUCAAAAGGAUCUUCUCCUGCUGAGAUGCUAGGUACUGGUUACAAAACUGUACUAAAACCUGCACUUGUGGCUCAUGCUGAGGAGAACAAAAGGAUCUGUCUCUCAAAUCUUGAAAACCUAAAUGAUAUACGGAAGCAGCUGCAAGGAAAUGUUAAGGUUCUAGAGGAGGAAAGGAAUAAUAUUUCCAGUCUCCAGGCAAAAAAUGAUGAAAUGGUUGCUCGUUUGAAUUCACUGGAUCGUGAAAUUAUAAAUGAUGACUCGAGAUUCACAUCUGAAGCUAGACAAAUGAAAGAUGAGUUGGAGAAAAAGAAGAAUAAUUUGAUUUCUCUUGAAAAGGAGGCAGCUGAUUUUUUUAAGAUAUCAGAGAAGAGGCUCCAAGAUGCAACACUUAAAGCUGAAGAAGAUACUGAGGCGGCUGCUAAGGAUCUGCUGGAGCUUCUUGAUUCCAUGGCUGAAUAUAAAGAGUUCAUGGAAACAACAAUUGCUCAGAGGAGGAAGGAACUCUAUGAAACUGCUGAUUAUAUAGCAGGCCUGUUCGCUGGAACUUCUUAG